CACCACCAUUCUUAUCUAGUGUAAAAAUUGAGUUUUUUUCCCAAAUGUGGGCUUUUUCAAGUUAACUUGCAAAAACAACUUUCCGUAUCUGAGGGUCCGUCGGUAACCUCAACUCCGGUUUAUAUAGAACACGUACCUAUCUAUCUACCUAUCUUUCAGUCUUACCCAUGGGACUCGAUUUUGGCUACUAGAUAACAUCCCAUAUCAUCAUCAAUCUUAAUCUCCAAUCCUUACUACCCAGACACACAAUUAAAGAGCCAAGAAACAAACAAAGAAAGAAAAAUGCUCUCCUUCAUCCGCCGCCUCCUCCCCAAACCGAUCGCCAACUCAGGCUCCGAACUGCGCGACCACCUAGCCAAUGAGCGAACUUUCCUAUCCUGGACUCGAAUGGGACUCGCGUUUGCAGCGAUGGCGCUGGCCCUGGGUCGAUUAAGUCUUAUUGAUCGAAUGGUCAAUGAGCGGUGGGGGGGUAAGGGUGGUGGUGGUACUAUUAUAAAAGACAAUAAUAGUACUAAUCCAUCAGAUCAUAAUGGGACACUCUUAUCUUCGACCAGCGACCGCAACAAGGCAAAAGCAAAAGCAGCAGCAGGGAUUCCGAUCUCAGACUCCCCUGGAACCGGAGCAGACCUUGUUGCCAGUCGCGUCUGUCAGGGGAUCAGUAUUUGGUGCUUCGGGUAUGGGUUAUAUCGGUACGUGGCUGUGCAGAAUCACUUGAUGCGCGGAGUGUUUGUUCCCGGGAUCUGGGGGCCGAUUCUGAUAACGGGUGGUUCGUUGGGGGUUUUUGCGACGGUGAUGCAUUUCGAUUGGAGACGGAGUGUGUCCGACUCGGGGCCGUUGGCGGUUUCGUCGAUUGGGAUUGGGAAGGGGGAGAAGAGGGAGUGAGGAGGAAUGUGGGCUAUCUAGGGAGGAGAUUGUGUUGAUUUGAUUUUUCAAGAGAGAGGGUGAUUGAGAGGGAAGUAGUAACGGAAUAGAUCUGAUGUGAAUUGAGGCUUUGAGGGGAUGUUUUGAUGGUUCAGUUAGUUAGAUGUUAUGCUAGGUUUCUACAGUAUCAUUGUAUAUCUAUUUGACAUUAUCUGUUGGCCAGGUUUGUGCAUAUUGGAAUCAGAAGCGGUCUAUUACAGAUCAAGUAU